CGUUGCUCGAUGCCAAAUGCAUGUGCUGACCUUCUGAUCCAACAUUCAAUUUCUGUAUCCAUUUUUUUUAUGCCUUUAUUUGUUGUUUUCCUGCACUUACUGUGUUUGCAUGUUUGUCUCUGCCCUCCGAAAUGCUGCUUCGGUUCUCAUUUUGUGUCGUCGGUGAUUACAUUGGAGGAAUCCAUGGUCGUUCGCCUUGGAUGUCGUGCGUUUGUUAUGAUCUGACUAGUUUAACUAUCUGUCUUUUGAGUAACAUCGUAAUUUUAAUUUAUUUUUUAAAAUAAAUUUGUUAACAGUUGAAAGUUACUACCUAAUUGCUGUCAUUUGCUGCACAGUUAAAAAAAUUUAAUGUGAUGCUGCAACAUGAGUAAUUCCUGGUAUUGAUCCUAAUGUCGGUCAGAUUGGGAUUACUACAAUGAAAAGAUUGAUGUCGCAACUAUUUAGUUCAAAGUCGGCUGGUGCAGGAUUGGUGAUGUAGACUCACUGAGCCAAGAUGCCAUUCUUAACUAAGAUAAAAUGGGUUGUUCUUUCUGUAGUCACUUUAUCUCUGGCAUCUAUCAUCAUUCAUCUAUCUUUGACAAAGUUGUGGGCUGUUAACAUAGUGCAGUAUAAAGCACUACCUAGUCUUCCUGAAGAAUUUGGAUCUGUGUUGGGUAGACAGGUUAUAAAGAAUAAGAAGCUAUGGGGUUCCAUUGAGUCUUUGGAAACAUUACAGCCUAAUGCAAAUGCUAGAAGCAAUUAUUCUGUUCCAAAGGAGCAGAGCAAUGGUUUCAUAUAUGCAAAAGUUUUUGGUGGGUUUGCAAAGAUAAGAUCAUCGAUCCCCGAUCUUGUUGCUAUUUCUAGAAUUUUAAAUGCUACUCUUGUCAUUCCUGAAUUUCAAGAAAGUACUCGCUCAAAAGGAAUUAGCUCAAAGUUCAAGAGUUUUUCCUAUCUUUAUAACGAGGAGCAGUUCAUAACAUUUCUCAAAAAUGACGUAAUCAUUGCAAAGAGCCUGCCAGAAAGUUUGAUGGAAAGGAGAAGAAGAAAUGAAAUUCCUACAUUUAAGCCCACAAGUUCAGCUUCUCUAAACUUUUACAUCGAAGAAAUUUUACCAAAGCUAAAGAAAUCAAAGGUUAUCGGAUUAAUUAUUGCCGAUGGUGGAGCUCUGCAGUCAAUACUCCCACUUAGCAUGGCUGAGAUUCAGAGGCUAAGAUGCAGGGUUGCUUUCCAUGCCCUGCAAUUUCGUCCAGAAAUUCAAACGCUUGGCCGUCGGAUGGUUCACAAGUUAAGAGCAUUGGGGCAACCAUUCUUGGCAUUCCAUCCUGGCUUAUUGAGAGAAACCUUGGCAUACAAUGGUUGUGCAGAACUUUUUCAGGAUGUACACACUGAACUCAUUCAACAUCGAAGGUCUCAAAUGAUAAAGGAAGGAAUUCUUAAGGAUGAAUUGAAUGUGGAUUCACACUUGCGAAGAGAAAAAGGUCUAUGUCCGAUCAUGCCUGAAGAGGUUGGCAUUCUCCUUCGAGUAAUGGGUUAUCCUGCCAAAACAAUCAUUUAUCUGGCUGGCUCUGAAUUAUUUGGUGGUCAACGUGCUUUAAUUCCUUUGCGUUCCAUGUUCAUCAAUACUCUGGAUCGCACUUCCUUGUGCAGUGAGAAAGAGUUGUCUGAUUUGGUUGGACCUGAAACACCUCUUCCUGUAAAUAGUUUUCGACCACCUCCCACAAAAAGUGAGAAAGAACUCAAAGAAGAAUGGAAGAAGGCUGGUCCUCGGCCUCGACCCCUUCCCCCACCUCCAGGCAGACCAAUUUACCAGCAUGAAAAAGAAGGUUGGUAUGCUUGGAUCACUGAGACCCCUACAGAACCUGAUCCUUCCCCUAUGGAUCUGAGGAUGAAAGCACACAGGUUACUUUGGGAUGCGCUUGAUUACAUUGUUUCUUUGGAAGCAGAUGCCUUCUUUCCUGGAUUUAACAAUGAUGGUAGUGGAUGGCCAGAUUUUUCAAGCCUUGUCAUGGGGCAUCGACUGUACGAGACAGCUUCUUUUAGAACAUACCGACCAGACAGGAAAGUUGUUGCGGAACUUUUCAACACGACUCGUGAAAAUCUGUACCAUCCUAAGCAUAAUUGGACGAUUUUAGUACAGGAACAUCUUAACAAAAGUUUGACUGAAGAAGGCCUCAUAAGGCAAUCUCUUUUGUCAAAACCUGCAAUGUUCCUUUCACAUCCAUUUCCAGAAUGUUCCUGUAGAAUAGCUUCAACCAAGGCUACUAAUCAUGUCAAAGGUGAGAAUGGCCAGGUUCUAUAUGGAGGUGAAGAUAUAUGCCCCAAAUGGAUGCAACAUGCUAAUGACGCAGGUAAAUUGGAGAAAGAAGGCGUCAAAUCCCAAGAUGAAGGGCUGGCAGACUAUGAAAGUAAUGAUUUUGUUGAUGAAUCUGAAUCUGACAAAAAUGGUAGCAAAACCAGUCAGACUCCACUCUGGGAUCAAGAUGAGGAAAUGGAUCCAAAUGACUAAGAGGGGAUGUGCAUAUCUAGUCUACAGUUAUACAUCAUCCAUUUUUUCCAUAAUUUGUGAGGGCAUAGGUUAUAAAAACUUGUCACAGUCCUACCUUUGCUGAGCGUAUAUGGGUAUUCAAAUCUAUUCUUUCAUUAAAUUUGGGUUAUAUUUUCAAGGACAAAGGGAGCAUUUUUCUUUUUCUUUUUCACUUUAUACUUACCACUUCCCGCGGAAUUUUUGUUGUAACAUACACACACAAAAAAAGAGAGAAAAAGGAUCAGCCGUCUGGUUAAUUGGAGCACAACAGAUGAAGAUUUUGUGUCUAGAGUUUAUACAUGGUUGUAGGCCAAUUGUUUGUUUUGUACAAUACUAAAUAUCUCCAUUUUUAAAGUUAUGUGGAUACAAAAUUGUAGCGGUCUGCUUACCUGGGACAUUCCUUGCCCUUCAACAAAACUGUUGGCGUGUUGUUGGCUUGGAUAUUUACUGGGCACUGAGCAGGCAAUAAAUGAGUAGAAAGCGACGUUCAAUGGAUA